AUGUUAAAUAGCUGUUUGUGCAAAAUCUUCAUGUUUGUCCGGUUUCUGGUACUCAUUGUUUUCGCAUUAUGUACCAACAUCUUGAGUGCUGGCGCGAAGGAAUGCAAACUGAUGGGAGAAAUGGAAGCGUGGAAACAUGAUGGUGGCUCUUUUAUUCAUGACGAGAAGUCCGGAACGUGGCAUGAAUUAAACAGCGACGGGGAAAGUGUUGCAUCUUUCGUAGAAUUCACUCGUAAAGAUGAUACCGUUGUCUUACGCGAUGAGAGCCGGCACCUGUUUUUACUUCUGCGACCCGAUCUUGCUGCAAUUAUGAAUAAUGGGGACGAUAACUUCCAACCGCUUUUUCAGGGACGCUUCGUCAGCUCAGUGAGUUGUGCAUGA